CAACGACCAUGGCCAGUCUCGCAUACACAGACAAGACAACGAUGAAAAACAUGGCUGAUAAUCUGAUGCCCUCAGGAAGCAACCAAAGAGCAACGACAUCGAACCAUAACCCUUUCCCGACCCUCCUUUAUGAAUGAUGGCAAUUGUAUUGACCUGAUCUUCACGAUCCAGAUGUCGACAACCGCCUGUGCCACCCCAUCCGAUGAUAGCGCAACGGCGCCUUCCCCAUCCGUGCUCGAACUGUCUGUCGUUCACUGUAAAUCGAUCAAACCCACAGCGGCAGCUAAUCGGGUCCACGGUGUUUGGGGGUUUCUGGUGACGAAAUCGAGACGAAAAGGGGGAUCUUGUGAGGCUCGGCCCGAAUACAACCAUAAUGUUGUGGAUAGGGCUGGCAGGGUCGCAUCCCAUCACGGCACUCAGCAAUUGACGAUUAACGACGAUGCGAUGACCCGCUCGCAUCCGCUAUCAUCGGGAUCCGCUUUGAAUGACCGACUCGAGAGUCGACAACAAACUUCGUUCUUUGAAACUCUUCAUGGCGAGAUUGGUGACAAAGAAGCAACCAAAGCGACUCACGGAAUCUGCCAUUUCGGACACUCGCGGUUUCUCUCGUGGCACGUGGAGCUGCAGUUGCAGCUGCGGAGCGACCCCGAGACAAUUGAUCGCGGGGUAUGGCGCCGAGAGAAAUGGCACAAGACCUGCGGGCAGGAGGACACUGGACGACCAGGUAAUGAUAGCACCUGGGAUGGCACCUAUAAUGCGGCAUAUUAAGCGAGUUGGAUACAGUUCCCCAAUCAGCUCGGCAUAUCUACUUAAGAAUUAUUUACGAGCAGCGAACUUCCUUCGCUACUUACACCAGUCCUUACCUAAAUAGCUUUAAAUCUAAGUCUUUAUCUGAUUCUCACAGGAAGAGCCAAUACGCCUUACGCCGCCUUUAUUGCCCAGUUACAGCCUGACUUUCUACCAACAUAAAACCUGCACCAACAGACCCUUGCCCUAAUGUACCAGAGUAAGAGUCUGGGCGUAACAGGCUCUGACAACCUCGUGGUAAACGGUCGACGAGAGGUCGCGACAUCUACGCCAGAUAAGCAUACAACUGAUGAUCAACAAAUUCAUGAUAGGGACCGUGCUGAGCCGCCUGUGGCUGAUCGACGUACGCGAUCAUUGGCGGUCGAUCAUCCUGAUGAUUGGGACCGAUAAGCUGAUGGAUAAAAAGCGAUCAGUGCUUCAGAGUGUGCGUGCCCCGCACGCUGUUACUACCUGUGUCUCAACUCAACUAGUAUGUCGUUUCCCGGUCCAAGUUGCGGCUCAAAGCCUGGCCAAGCCCUCAAAUGGACAGGCUUCAAAAAGCCACCAAGCCUCAAGACGGAGUGGCUCUGCUUUCCAAUCACCAAUCGCGGCAGGACUGGCACCACGGCAGCUUCACCAUCACCCAACACGCUCCCUAUUCUCUUCCGUCUUGUCGCCCAGCAAGAUCGACACUGCAUAGUUGCUUCUUGUCUUGGUGAGAUCUCGCCCGAUUGGGUGAUGUGGCGAUACACAGGAUUUUAUUGAUUUUGGCUGACGUGGGCAUGGGGAGGGGAAAAGAAACGUUGGCGAAAAGACCAGUCAGAACGCAGCUAAGGACAGGAAACCGGUUUCAUGGCUGGCCGUCAGGGUGCUGAAGAAUGCAGGAGGGAGUGAAUCCCCUUCUAUCACUUCAGGAAGCAAUCUUUCCUGCGAAUAUGCUGGCACGUCUGGACAAACAGGUCAACAGGAAAAAAGAAUCCGUGGGGGUGGGCCUGCAUCCUUUGAACGGGUCAUCAUCGAUCAGUUGAUUUUCGCAAGGAACCGCGGGUCUGGAGCUUUCUGUCCAACCCCCUGGCAACUUGACGAGCUUAACAGUUUCUUCCCCCUGUACCCCAAUUUCGCAACCCCUGUCCAUGGAUACUGCCAAGAAACCUUAAACAGAUCAAUUGCUCCUCGCGAUCUUAUUCUCCAUUUGUUUGAGGCCUCGAUGUCCACAAAAGUUUCACCGUCUUCCUCGUCAAUUGGCGUUGUGGAACAAGGAGAUUGUGGGAUAAAAGUGAAUCGCCUCAGCAAACUUCUCACCAGAUAAUAUGAUCGACACGCUCUCACACCCUCACGACACACCGAUCCCACGAACGCGGGGAGAGAGGUAGCCGAAUCCAGGGUUGAAGGACGUUGGGAUGGUGAUGAUGGACGCCAAUUGGCGGGGGCGUCUGACCACUGCUCCUAACAGCAGGAAAAUCCAAGUUGUGGAACCAGCGUUGGCUGGUAGGGGACCCCGCGAAGACGCUUUGGGAAACGAUCGGACUUGGCAGCAGCUGGUGCCUUUGUUCUCUCGCAAUGCCUCCCCUUUGAUGUGAGUGCUUGGGCGCUUGAGGAAGCAACUUGACCGACUUUACCGGUCGCCAUGAUGCCAUGAAGGAAGAGGCAUUCUUCAUGAGGUACGCCUGGUACUGAAGAUGAAAGCCAUAGCAAACGGCUGGCAUGAAGGGUUCCUGGAAGUCUACCUUACGGACCCAGCCGCUAAUGUUGACAAGAACGCCGGCAACAGGGGUUUCUUUCUUCGGCAAGUAUUUGUCGCGAAAAUUCGGAGGCCCGAGAACUGUGUGUCACUGCAGGUCAUCCCUCCGGUUAGCCUAGUGCCGACAGACACCCCUUUCUGGGAGCCGAAACCUGAUAGGUCGCAAGUGCUACUAGCCAGUGCUAGCAAAGCAAAGUGGACGCUCCCUCAGCCGAAGGAGACACGCGAGACUCCCACCGCGCUCCGCUGGGAAAGAUUCGAAUAUGCCAAGGCCGCUGUCAGUGGCCGACUGCAUGGCUACAGGGGAAGGAGGCUGGGUUUGUGCCUGCGUUGCCCCUUUGUUGUGGGGAGGUACGUAGAAAGAAGUAUAUCGGGUCUCUCCCCAGGCUUUCUAUUACAUCCUUCCAUUCCCGUCCGUCUCUCUCUUGACGACCACGGCUUGUCUUUGUGUUGCGCCGUCCGUUGCUAGCGUCUUUUGUUGCAUCUUCGACAACGGAGAUGCUUGUAUCGUCUCAGGUCCAGGCUCCCAAAGAAGACUAUUGCUUGUUGGUGUCCUAGGGUUUCGCUCUGGCUGGUCCCCCUUAGCCGUGCUUGUCGCGUGGUCUCUCCUCUUUCCAGCUCUCACAAAAGACUCUCUCCCAGCCGAACAAACCCACUCUGUCAUCAUCGACCCGCCUCUUCCCUCUUUUCUUUCUUUCACUCGUUCAUAUUAUCCUUUUCCCGUCAGGGGCCAACACACUUUUUGGGUGACCACCCUUGCUCUCAACUCACCAACACACACCCCCCGACGUGAGGGCAGUUGUGUCACCAUCAAACAACACUAGGUAUCUCUAAACACCACACGCAGGAUGGUGGGCGCGGUGGUAUACCCGCUUUCGGGUACGGCCGAUUUGUCCAGGAUCGAAGCUCCAGUGACCUUCAAGGCCUAUCUACUCUGCGGCUUCGCAGCGUUUGGUGGCAUCUUCUUUGGAUAUGACACCGGAUGGAUGUCGGGUGUGUUGGGAAUGCCUUACUUCAUUACUCUAUACACAGGAUUGCAGUAUAACUACGAAACCGGAGAACCAGUAGAUGUCCCCAAAACCGAGUUCGGUCUUCCUUCCUCUCAAAAGUCUCUCAUGACAUCGAUCCUCUCCUGCGGUACCUUCUUUGGAGCUCUGAUUGCCGGUGAUGUCGCCGAUUUCCUCGGCCGCCGUCCUACUAUCAUCAUCGGGUGUCUCGUCUUCUGCGUCGGAUGCAUUCUCGAAAUCAUCUCGACCAACCAGGAAGUGCUAUUUGUUAUGGGCCGUUUGGUAUCAGGUGUGGGAGUCGGUUUCAUUUCCGCCGUUAUUAUCCUGUACAUGGCCGAGGUUGCGCCUAGGAAGGUUCGUGGUGCUCUUGUGUCAGGGUAUCAGUUCUGUAUCACGCUUGGUAUUCUACUCGCCAACUGCGUGACAUACGCCAGCUCGAACCGAAACGACACCGGUUCCUAUCGCAUUCCAGUCGGCGUCCAGUUCCUAUGGGCCAUCAUUCUAGGCAUCGGCCUCUUUAUCUUGCCCGAGUCCCCCCGUUACUAUGUCAUGAAGGGCAAAAUCGAUCUUGCCGCCAGGUCUCUCUCGCAAGUUCGUGGUCAGCCACUGGACUCGGAUUACAUCAAGGAUGAGUUGGCGGAAAUUGUCGCAAACCACGAGUAUGAGAUGCAGAUUAUUCCCCAGACUAGUUACAUCGGCUCGUGGAUUGCUUGCUUCCAGGGUUCACUGCGCAAAGGCAACAGCAACCUCAGACGUACCCUUCUUGGUUCUGCCAUGCAAAUGAUGCAGCAGCUCACCGGUAUCAACUUCAUCUUCUACUUCGGCACCACCUUCUUCCAGCAGCUUGGCACGAUCCAAAACCCAUUCUUCAUCUCCCUUGUCACUACGCUCGUCAACGUUCUGUCCACGCCGAUUUCCUUCAUUGCUGUCGAGAAACUCGGCCGUCGUGUUCUUCUUAACUGGGGGGGUGUUGGCAUGGUCAUCACACAGUUCAUUGUCGCCAUCGUUGGUGUAACCGAAGGCCGCCCGGAGGCCCAAAACGACGCUGCUGUCAAGGUCAUGAUCGCCUUCAUUUGCAUCUACAUCUUCUGUUUCGCUUCCACCUGGGGUCCGGUCGGCUGGGUCAUCAUCGGCGAGUGCUUCCCGCUGCCCAUCCGUUCUCGUGGUGUUGGUAUCUCGACAGCCUGCAACUGGUUCUGGAACUGUAUCAUUGCCGUUAUCACCCCUUACAUGGUGGGCAACACACCCGGCUCGGCCAACUUGGGCCCCAGGGUGUUCUUCAUCUGGGGGUCUCUCUGCAUCGGCUCGACACUUUUUGCGUACUUUUUGGUUCCUGAAAUGAAGGGUCUGACACUCGAACAAAUCGACACGAUGAUGGAGGAGACUACACCAAGGAAGUCGAGAAGCUGGAAGCCGACGUCCACUUUUGCCGCGCAGAUGGGACGUGUCAGGGACGAGAAGGGCAGUGCGAACCAGCAGGAGUUUGCUCCCGAGUCGGAGCCGUGA